UUGCCCUCGGUAGCUUCAUACCAAUCUUGUAUUCUCUCUCUCUCUCUCUCUCUCUCCAUUUCUCUCUCUCUCUCUCAACAGGACGUAAAACGUCGGCCUCUGAAUCGCACGAAGGACAAAAAUAGUCUCGCUCGAUCGCUUUCUGACUCCUCUCUCUCUCUCGCUCUCUCUCUCUCUCUCUGGAUCUCGAGCUUCGAUAUAAGGCCGCUCCAUCACUGAUAUUCCCCCUUCAGUAUUCUUCGGGUGGGCUAGCGGUACUCUGAUUCUGACGGAGCCGAGAUCUCUAACAAUCGAUGCUGACCUGUGGCUCUCCGGAAGAUUCUUGAUUCAGGGAAUCGGUCAAAAUUCUUCUUCCAAGUUUCGUUCAACUCAAUCUCGUCCUCUCGACCCGAGUUUCAUCUCUUGGCAAGAUUGAAUUUUGGCCUUCAUACUAUAUACAGUUUACCAAAUCACCUUCAGUACAAUCAGUUUUCGAUGUUUUUCUUUUUUUUUUUGGUGGGGUGUGCAGUUAUCGAUGGAGGACAGGAAUGGUUACUACCGCCAGGGGAGUGGUCUACGGAGAUCCUUAAGAGAUUGCGACUUUGAAGAAUCAGACAUGUGGGAUGUUCUUGACGACCAAAAAGAUCACAGCCCGAAAUUUCACUCCGCCUCCGAACCCUCCAGAUCUUACUCGAGCCAAAACCCAAAAUAUUCGGCGGCAAAGAUGAUCCCAAGAGCGAGCAGUGGCAGUAGCAGCGGUUCGACCCCUGAACCCAAGAUCACACAACAGUCAGCGCCUGUCAAUAUCCGAAACUGGUCACACAUUAAAAGGCGAAGUGCCAAAUCCGAGAAAGCUUCCAAAAAGCCAUCUUGGAGAGGAAAUGAUGGUGAUGGCGAUGAGGAUGAAGAAACCGACAAUGACGACGACGUGCAUGUUGGAGGAGGGAGUGAUGGAGACGACGAUGAAAAUGACUAUAAGAUGCCACCACAUGAAUUCAUAGCUUCUAGGCUUGCAAGGAGUCAUAUAUCCUCGUUUUCGGUUUUCGAAGGCGUUGGGAGGACUCUCAAGGGAAGGGAUCUCAGCAAAGUGAGGAAUGCUGUUCUGACCAAAACUGGGUUUCUCGAAUCACCUUGACAGGACUGUGGAAAUUUCUAGCGAGUUUGAACCGUCGUGUCAUUGAUUGUUUAGGUAAACUCAUCUUCUCAGGGUUGUGGUAUGGCCUUCUGAAUUGGAGAUUGUAGUCAUUUUAGAGUGAAUAUAUGAGAGUAUCCAUUUCCAUGUAGUAGUCUGCAUUUAUGUGAAGUUUGGAUAUAUCCUGUGAAAGGGUUGUGGACUUUUUUCCAUGUCUCCUACGCCACAUAUUCAUUUAGGUGGAGGAGAUAUAAGAAAUCCCAUCACAGCAAUCAAUUGCUCA